AGGAGCUACAAGAUGGCGCAAGCAAUAUUUGAAGUGCUUGAAGGCAUGGACAACCAGACAGUGUUAGCGGUCCAGUCUCUGCUGGAUGGCCAAGGUGGAGUUCCCGACCCAAACAGCCAGAACGUCUCUGGGACGUCCACGAUCCAGUCUAUGGACGACGAAGAUGUGUUCCUGUGUGGGAAGUGUAAGAAACAGUUCAAUUCUCUGCCAGCCUUCAUGACACACAAGAGGGAGCAGUGCCAGUCCAACGUCCCCUCCCUGUCCACAGUGUCCUUGGCCUCCACCAAUGCCUACACACCGGUUCCCUCAAUCAGCUCUGGACCGCAAACUCCUGCCAACAGACAGGUAUCCACCUACAUCACAGUCCCUCCCUCCCCUCUGACACACACUCUGGUCCAAGGCAACGUGCUGGUCAGUGACGAUGUUCUGAUGUCGGCUAUCUCAGCCUUCACCUCCAUCGACCAGCCUAUGGCCACCAUGCAGACGCCUAUACAGAGUAACUUGAGCAUGCACACAGCUGGUGUUUCAUACCUGCAGCACCAUCACCACCACCACCAUCAUCACCAUCAUCAUCACCAGCAGCAGCAGCAGCAGCAGCAGCAACAGCAACAGCAGCAGUCCUCCCACCCCCUGCCCUCCAGCCAGACACCGGCCCACCCCCUGCCAGCUGGACAGCCCGCCCAGCAGCCGCUCACCUCACAGGUCCCAGCGAGCCACAGCAACUCAGUGGUCCAGGUGUACAGCACACUGCCCCAUAUGGCCGGGGGUGGUGGUGCAGAGAUCCACACGUUGGGUCUGCAGCCUUUCCAUCCUGUGCAAGUGCCCAGUCAGUGUGUGGAGAGCCAGUCAUUCACCACCCCUCCUGUCUACAGCCCUGGGAAGCAGGGCACCAAAACAAAGACCUGCAGCAUUACCACCAACCUGACGGAGCUGGGCGACUUCGAAAAGGUCAUCAUUCCCAAAAGGUCGAGGAGUAGCAAGAAAAGCUCAGAUGGAGCCACAGCAGAGCAGCUGAAAGGAAAAGUUCCGAAGCUGAAGUGUAAUUUCUGUGACAAAAUCUUCUCCAAAAACUUUGAUCUUCAGCAGCACAUUAGAAGUCACACUGGAGAGAAACCGUUUCAGUGCAUCGUCUGCGGCCGAGCUUUUGCCCAAAAGUCCAACGUGAAGAAACACAUGCAGACGCACAAGGUGUGGCCUAUGGGUGUGGCCAGCACAGUGUCCAGGUUACCAAUCACAGUCAAGGUGGUACCAGUGUCCUCCAAUGAGGAGGAAGGGGGUGGGGAGCAGCAGCAGCAGCAAGGUGAACCAGAGGAGGAGGGGUCACAGCAGCAGAACUGUCAAACACAAACUGAAGAAGAGGUAGUUCAAACAGAAGCUCCAGGGGAGUUGGAGGAGAGUGCAACUGAGGCUCGGGCUGACCAGGAGGGCAGCCACGGUGAAGCCACACAGAACGGGCAUCCUCAGGUACAGAUGCAGGUGCAGUCCAACCAGGACCAACAGUGCCAAGCUCAGACCAAACAGAUAGUUGUAAUCGACAGCUCCUACCAGUGCCAGUUCUGUGCCAGCAAGUUUAAGACCUACUUCCAGCUCAAGUCUCAUCUGACUCAGCACAAAGGGGAGCAGGUUUACAAAUGUGUGUUGAAGUCCUGCUCCCAGACCUUCCAGAAGUUGGAUCAGUUCCUGGAGCACAUCAGGACGCACCAAGAGCAGCUGACCUACCGCUGCCACCUCUGCAGCAAGGUGUUCCCCUCACUGUUUGAACUGGGAGUCCACCAGUACUCCCACUGCUUCUGCCCACAACAGAACACACGCAAGGAAACCACCAUAUACAGAUGUGUAAAGUGUCAAAGCAGAUAUUCCACCCAGGAGGCACUGGAACAACAUCUACAGACCGCCUCGCACAACUUUCCCUGCCCACACUGUCAAAAGGUUUUUCCAUGUGAAAGGUACUUCAGACGCCACCUCCCCACUCACGGCGUUGGAGGGAGAUUCAAGUGUCAGAUCUGCAAGAAAGCCUUCAAGACCGAGCACUACCUCAAACUGCACACGCGUAUUCACUCAGGUGAAAAGCCAUACAAAUGCUCCCUCUGUGAGGCGACGUUCAACAGGAAGGACAAAGUGAAGCGACACAUGCUCAUCCAUGAACCCUUCAAGAAAUACAAGUGCCCCUUUAGGACACAUGUAGGCUGCACCAAAGAAUUCAACAGACCAGACAAACUCAAGGCCCACAUCCUCUCACAUUCUGGUAUCAAACCCUACAAGUGUCUAUUUUGUCAGAAGGCGUUCAGCCGCAGGGCCCACAUGCUCGAGCAUCAGCAGUCCCACACAGAUAACUACCGCUUCAGAUGUUCUACCUGCAACAAGGGAUUCACCAGACAGAGCUAUUACAGAGAUCACAAAUGUCCUGCAGCAGGGAACGGGACAGGAACUGAAGGAGGGACUGGGGAGGCAGAGGGAGACGAGGUCGUGGGAGAGGCGAUGGCAAAGGAGAAGGAUGGAGAGGAUGACGGGAGGAGGAGGAGGUUCUUGAGAAAAGAAAAACGUCCAGGGACAGGGGGAGACGACGGAGAGAAGGACGACAGCUCAAAGGGCAGCCAAGAGCAGGUGGACACGCACGGGGAGGAGGAGGAGGAGGAAGAGGAGGAGGAGGAAGGGGAGGAGGACGAGGAGGACGAGGAGGAGGAAGGAGAUGGGAGGAGGACUGAUGAGGGUUGUCAGGCUGCAAUGACUAUCACCAGCAUUGAAGGGCAGGCGGACAGAGAAGAGGAGGAUGAUGGGAUGGAACAUGGUGGCGUGGCACUGGAGCAGAUUCAGAGUAAUGACCAGAGCUGUUUGCAGCAGCCAUGUUUGUAGUUUGAAGCAUCACUUCCUGGACAUGGACCAAACAAACAAAGCUAUUCUUUAUUUAAAAAAGUCAGGGAAAUUAUUUAUUUGUUUUAAAUUAAAACGUUAUUUAAAUUAUACACACUGCUUUUACUUCUGUUACUGUAAAGUAAGUACAGUAUGUUUCCUGGUAGAUCUAUAUUGCCAAAAUAACCAGUGGAGAAUUUACAUGUUUUUGUGGACAAAUUUUGUGCAAGUUCAGCCACCGUGGUUCAAUUAAAAUGUCAUAAUGUCAAACUCAA